AUGGACUUCAAUGGAGGCCACCCAGAUGAAUCUGUUGCUAGUGUUGCAGAGCAACUGGACAGGACAGGACUUCAGACAGACCAAGCUGAGAAUGUGGAGUGCGACUCUUGCACUGGUAGAAAAGAGAAAGCCAUCAAGACCUGUUUGGUGUGUUUGGCCUCUUACUGCGAAACUCACCUCAGGCUCCACAACGACCUGAAUGUGGGGAAAGCACACUUACUGGUGGACGUCACUGGACAACUCCAAAGGAAGAUGUGCCCCCAACAUCAUAAGCUCCUGGAGGUUUACUGCCGCACUGACCGCCAGUGUAUCUGCUGCCUCUGCAUGCUGGACACGAAUCACAAAGGACAUGAUGUGGUCUCGGCCGCUGCAGAACGAGCAGAGAAACAGAGACAGAUGGAAAAGUCCAAGCAGGAUCGAGAGACUGAGCUGAAGGAAAUCCAAAAGGCAUCAGGUAGACUCAGGAACCUGACUCAAUCCACGGAGGAAGAAGGUGACCGGAUCUUCACAGAACUGCUCAGCUUUAUACGGAGAAGCCACACAGAGAUGGUUACGCUGGUUCAAAGUCAGAUGUCCACAGAGUUGGACCGGAUUCAGCAACAUUUGGAAGGUCUGGAACGGGAGAUUUCAGAGCUGAAGAGAAAGAAGUCUGAGCUGGAGCAGCUUUCACAUACUGAUGAUCACAUCCAUUUCCUCCAGGAGGUCGAAUUCCGCUGGCCAACUUCUCAGUGUAAUGACUUCCCCAGUCUGACCACUAAUCCACAGUUCUCUUUUGGAGAAGUGAUCAAGUCCCUCGCCUCAUUAACAGCACAUAUUAAGGACAUUUGGAGACUGGAGAUGACCAGGAUAUUCUCAGCAGUGACUGCAGAAAAGAUCCUAGUGCCGCAAGAACCCAAGACAAGGGAAGACUUUUUACAGUUUCUGGUUCCCUUGAGUCUGGACUCAAACACGGCCCAUAGGAAUCUUUGGUUAACGGAGCAGAACCGGGCUGUGGCUUGCAGUCUUGAGCCCCAAUCAUACCCAGAACAUCCGGACCGCUUUGGCUGGUGGGCCCAGGUGCUGAGCAAGGAAAGUCUGAUAGGUCGCUGCUACUGGGAGGUGGUCUGGACCGGGCAGUAUGGCGUUGACAUUGCAGUGUCCUACGAAGACAUCAACAGAACUGGGCAAGGAGAUGACAGUGGGUUUGGGUACAACAGGCACUCCUGGAGUCUGGACUGUUCCAUAUUCAGAUACGCACUAGUGCACAACAAUGAGGAGACGAAGAUCAGCGUACCCCUGUCCCACCGGAUCGGGGUAUAUCUGGACCACAGGGCAGGACUGUUGUCCUUCUACAGUGUCUCAGAUACCAUGAUCCUCCUUCACAAAGUCCAGACCAGAUUCACCAAACCUCUAUAUCCAGGAUUUGGGCUCUUUCAGGGCUCAACUGCUAAAUUUUGUGAACCGCAAGAGGGCAGAUCACCACAAGUAGUUGGCAGAGCCCAAAAUAUAAAAAGAAAACCUAAAACUUCCAUAAGAAGAAGAUUUUGAUGGUUUAGAGAAUCUGUUUGUAAGCUACUGCACUUGUGUUUACAUUUGUUUUAAAUUUCAUUUUUAACAUUUAAGGCAAAAGUAUUUUUAGCUUCACAUACGAGACAGCUUUUGAUGUUCAGAUCUGUGAUGUCUUCUGAUGGUAAACUGAAGGUAGGAGCUAACUUUUAAUACUUAAAGUUUUAAUUUCAGGUAAAGUUCGCCCAAGAAUUAAAAGUCUGUCAUUAUUUUCUCAGCCCAAUGUUGGUCCAAGUCCAUGUGACUUUCUUUUUUCCACAAAACACACAAGAAAAUAUUAUGAUAAACCCAAAAUCUGCUGUUUCUCAAAGCAUACAGCAGCGGCUCCGUUUUGGAAAUCAUACUGAUCACAUUCAAUGAGUAGAUUCAGUGUCUGUUUGCGCCCUCUGUUGGUCAUUCACCUGUGUACGUACACUAAAAAGUUAAGAAUCAAAUUUUUCAAUGUUUUUUAAACUGAGUCUCUUCUGCUCACCAAGGCUGCACUGAUUCGAUAAAAAAUACUGUAAAAAUUGUGAAAUAUUAUUAUAAUUUAAAAUAGCUUUUUCUAUGUAAAUAUAUGUUGAAAUGUAAUUUUUUCCUGCAACCAAAGCUGAAUUUUUUGCAUCAUUACUCCAGUCUUUAGAGUCUCAUGAUCCUUCAGAAAUCAUUCUAAUAUUCUGAUUUUCUGUUCAAGAAACAAUUCUCAUUCAUAUCAAUGUUGAAAGCUUACAGCAUUUAUUUGAUGUUCGUUAUUAUGAAUGUUUUUAAUGUCACUUUUAACUGAUUUUAAGCAUCCUUGAUGAAUAAAAGCUGAUAGUCUAUUUUUUAUAAUAAUAAUAAAAAAAAAUCGUACUGACCACAAACUUUUGAAUGUUAGUAAGUCCAUAUAUCCUGAUUUGAUCGUUGGAUAUUCAGUCAGGAUAUCCAUCAAAUAGUAUGCUACAUUUUGGUUUGUGCCCUCUGUUGACUGUGCUGUGUAACUGGCUGUUUUAUUCCCUCUUCUCAGAUUCUCAACAUGUGAGCGGCGUUUUCGAAUAUCAGCUAUUGUUUCUGUGGAUGAAUUUUACUGGAACCAUACUACACCAAGGCAUUUCACUGAAAUAAAAUAUCUGAAAAACAAACGAAAAGAAAAACGUAAAGAAAAAAUGUAGCCUAAAUGUUAUGAAAGCUUGUUUUUGCAAGAGAGUUAAAAUUAAUUGUGACUUUCAUCUUACAGUUCUGACUUUCACAAUUUUGAAUUUAAGC